UAAGUAGUUUUUUAGAGUUAUUUUAAACAUUCUAGUCACGCAUUGGGUGUUUCGCUGAACUUAAAACAACGUGCUCCAACUGCACAUACAAAUCAACGACUAUAGUACUAAAAGCAGGAGCAAUAGCAAUAACAAAAGGACGCGACACAAUGGACGAACUGAAUAGCAUAUUGCAGAAGACCAAAGAUAAAUCCACACAAAAGGAACAGGAUGAGAUUCUGUUGCAACCCUUUACGUACAUACAACAAAUUCCGGGCAAACAAUUUCGUUCAGAGCUGGCCUUGGCCUUCAAUCACUGGUUGCUCAUACCGGCCGAAAAGUUGGCGCAGAUUGGGGACAUUGUACAAAUGCUGCAUAAUUCCAGUUUACUCAUUGAUGAUAUUGAAGACAAUUCAAUACUUCGCAGAGGUGUACCAGUCGCGCAUUCCAUUUAUGGGGUGGCCAGCACCAUCAAUGCGGCCAAUUAUGCGCUCUUUUUGGCGCUAGAGAAGGUCCAGCAGUUGGGACAUCCAGAGGGCACCAAAGUUUAUACUGAACAGUUGCUGGAACUGCAUCGUGGUCAGGGCAUGGAGAUAUACUGGCGCGAUAGUUUUACAUGUCCCUCCGAAUCUGAUUAUAAAUUGAUGACUGUACGUAAGACUGGUGGCCUAUUUAUGAUGGCCAUACGCCUAAUGCAAUUGUUUAGUGCCAACAAGGAGGACUACUCGAAGCUAACAGCCAUACUGGGUUUAUAUUUUCAAAUACGUGAUGAUUAUUGCAAUUUGAGUUUAAAGGAGUAUACAGAGAACAAGAGCUUUGCGGAGGAUUUGACGGAAGGAAAGUUUGGCUUUCCAGUCAUACACGCGGUGCGCACCCAGAAACAGGACAAACAGGUUUUGCAUAUAUUGCGACAACGCACGCACGAUAUUGAGGUGAAGAAGUAUUGCAUUAGUUUGCUGGAAAAGCUGGGCAGUUUUCAGUACACCCGCAAGGUGCUGGAGACACUAGAUGCGGAGGCGCGGGCCGAGGUGGCACGAUUGGGUGGCAAUCCGUAUAUGGAUCGAUUGCUCAACAAGCUGCUAUCGUGGAAGACGAGUGAUAGUGCCAGCAUCACUCAAUCGAAUCAAAUCAAUCAUAAUAAUGUUACGCGCACGCAAAACACUCUGAAUUGCAAUUAACAACCAAAGAGGCAAAAGAGGGAGUUGUGAAUUGCCACAAUGGCAACAACAACAGCCACGGCCUUCUCCAGGCUAUGGCCGACGCCAGCCUCUUUUGCUGCUAAACAAAAGCGACCGCAACCCCAGCACCAACAACAAGUUAAAUUGCAGCAGACAGAACAGCAACAGCAUCAGCAACAACAACAAGCAGCCUGUGUAGUCACAACGCACUUGUUCCGAUUUUUACAAAAACUGAAAAUAUUCUAAUGUUUUUUAAUUUCACCUUCCAAUCGAAUUGAGAUCCAUCUAAAAUCACGCACUGCAUCGCACUCAACUACUGUAAUACGAUUAAGCUGAAAGAGUUAGUAAACGCAAUAUGCUAAAGAUAUUCUAACAUUUAUUUUUAGAAGAAACCAACAGCAGCCUUAAACAAAAUUACUCUCACACAAGCACUCUCAGAAAAUGAAAUGAAAUUGUUAAGCCAAAAGUUGAUUGUACUAAAUAAGCCAAGCUUAGUAUGAGCAAAGCCAUGGGGCAGUCCGCCAAGAAUUUGUUAUACCUACUGUAUAUGUAUAUACACAUAUACUAUAUAUGCUUUAAAAAAAUAAUUAUUAUUAUAUUUGUACACGGUAAUGUUUAGUUUAGUUUAACAUAUUCGGUUCCUUACACACACACACUUUUGAAUUCAGCAAGCAAAAAGUUAAGAAGAGCUCUCAAAUUUAAGAGCAAGCACUAAAAAAAUAUAUAAAUGUGUAUUAACAAAUUUUACAUGUUGUACUUUGUAUGCGCAUCUAAUUGUAUUUUCUCUGCGUUUCAAAUUUCUAAGUGUAAUUUUUGAUAAAUACAAACAGAAACACAAAUUAAAUGCCACUCGA